GAUACUCAGUUGUUAGCAAGACGUGGUGGGGGACACACGCACGCACGCACUCUCCCCAGGCUUCAUAGAAAACGGAUUGCUGGAGAGACACAGACACAGAGAGAGAACGGGAAAAGAAGACCUGUUAUUGUUAUUGUUAUUGUGAAAAGUGAUUGUGACGGUGGAGAUCUAUGAUGCCUGUGGUGGUGGUGGUGGUGGUGAGCGGCGCGAGAGGUGACGGGGAUGAGUGGUGUUGAGUUGUGAGUUAUGAGGUGAUGGAGUGAGUUAGGUAAGGUGUUUGUCACUCACUCACUCACUCAUCAGUAAAAGAAAGUGGGUUUUAGAUUCUCUCGUUACUCACUUCUACUCAAGCACUCAUUCAUAAAAAAAAAUAAGUGCAUUUAAAUACUGUUUCCCCUCACUCACUGACUCAUUCACACCACUCUCAUCCAUCCCUUCAUCCUUCUCUACCUUCUUCGAGAGGCUAAGGACAUAGAACACUAACCUUCAACUCUUAUCCUACAUUCUGCCUCUCCUUCGUGCAAGAGAGAGAGAGAGAGAGAGAGAGAGAGAGAGAGAGAGAGAUCCUGCUGGCAUCCUUCUCUGCUUCAGUCCAUGGUAUACGUCUGCUGGAGAGAAAACAGGACGCAAGAAGAGGAGGAAGAGGAGUCCCGUGUCCUUUCCAGCAAGAAGAGGAGAAAUAGAAGAGAAAGAGAGGAAGAGAGGAAGAGAGAAAGUGGAAGUAUUAUCAGGUGUAAAGGAAUAGAAGAGAAGAAAAGAAGAAGAAAGUGAGAAUAACCAAGAGAGGAGGAAUAGAAACGAAAACGAAAAGGGGGAAGAAAGAACAGGGAAGAAGAGAGAGACAGAGAAAAAGAGAAAGAUAGCAAGACGAAAAAGAAGAUAAGAAGAGAAAAGAAGGAAGAAAAGUUUAUCCCUUCACAAACUCAACUUGUCCCUCUGUUUAUUUCAAUUUAUCCAGUUUGUCCAGGUUCUCAUUUUCUGUUCAUUGCACAAGAGAGAGAAGAAAAUAGAAGACAUUACAAAACGAGAGAAAAGAGAGAGAGAGAAAAAGAAAAAAGAAAUACCUCAAAAAUUCUCGAAACACCAAUCCUCGUUUUCUCUCAUAAGAAUCUCCUGUUUCAAUCUGACAACCCGUUUUCUUUGCACAAAAAACGCACCUCUCUAUACUCUAUCUGGGACCCAUUCCAUUAAAAGGGCUUUAGCAUUUUUUUCAUUUAUUUUUUCCACCCGACUCUUCAAACACCUGUUUUUCUCAAGUCCCCCCCAAACUGUCUCCGCCUCCAUCUAAGCUAUUCAUCCGUUUUCUACGACUUAGAUAAUCUUUGAGUUUAGAAAAGAGAAAAAGACAGGUGGUUGUAAGAAUUUUUUUUUCCGUUUUCUUCGUCUCUCAUCGUCCCUCGAGGGAAAAGGACAAGGGAGGAAGAAAUAAAAAAGAGAAAAAAGGAAAAUUGGACUAGAGACAAGUGCUGGAAUGAGAAAACGGGAAAGGGGUGAAGGAGGGACUAAGUAAAUGAUAAUAAUAAGAGGAUAAGUUAAAGAAGAGCGUAGAGGAAAGCUUCAGGAAAUAUUGAAAGGGAGAGUGGAUGAAGUGAAGAAGAUAAACAAGAAGAAAAAGAAGAGGAAGAUAAACAGGACAAGAAGACGAGAAAACAACGACUAAUAUAGAAGGAAAUAUAAUCACAGAAAGGAAUAUAAAAAAAGAAAAGGAGGAGAAAGAGAUUAAAGAAAGACAAAAAAAAAAUAUAAGAAAAAAGAAAAGUGACAAGAAAAAAACAAACUAAAACUAGAAAACCGAACCACGAAAGGAACCCAAAAAAAAUAAAUAAAUAAAAACAAAACUAAAAAAAAACUAAAAAACUAAAGAAAGAAAGAGAAAGAGAGAGAAACAAGAAAAAAGAAAGCUAACUCGAACAUAGUCACACCACCACUACUACCACCACCACUACCACUACCACUACCCCGAAAAACAGCCGCUAGGAGGAUCCAGGAGAGAAACUAGGUAGGAGAGAGAGAACACCUGCUAAUUCUGGAAGGCUGCCGGAAGAGGAGGAUUGAAAAGUCCUUAAAGAGAGGACAAUUCCAUACAGAGACACAAUGAAGGGGAUUAGAUUCUGCUUGUUCCUGAUCUUGCUGUCCCUUGCAACACCCUUAGACGGACAGACUGGGAGAGAGUUGCGCAACCCGUCGCCGAAGGAGUUAAUCGCUCAGCUCCUCCUCAGACGAGCACAGAAGAUACGUCCCGGCCUCUCCUCCCCCACAGAAAGCCCCGUCACCCCCUCCGUGGACCCCGUGGAGGUGGAGGGGGGCGGGGUAGGGGUAGGGGGAGGAGCUGGUGGUGGGGGUGGUAUUGGAAGUGUAGUGGAGGAGGUGGUUCAGCUACAACAACAACAACAACAACAACAACAACAAGAACAACAACAGCAUAGACAAGCGGAUGUGUUCUCUAAUUUCUUUGUGGAGCAAGAUGAAGCUUGCACGGGGGCGAGCUGCGGUACUAAUGAGGAGUUUAAAGAGAGGUGGUCCAUGCCCCUCAUGAGGCUGGGCAACAAGAGGUACUACCUAGGCAUCUUCUUCAAGGCCAAUUGGUACAAGGCGCUGCAGUACUGUCGCUUCCACGGGAUGCACCUAGCGUCUAUUGAAAGUCUGAGAGAGAACACGAGGAUUGAGAACUAUAUAAAGGAAGCCGGGUUAGGCCACGAGCACUUCUGGACCUCCGGGACUGACCAGGGGGAGGAGGGCAGCUUCUUCUGGAUGUCAAACGGCCAGCCAGUUACCUACACCAACUGGAACGCCGGGGAGCCGAACAAUUUCCAGUACGAGAACGGGGAGAUGGAACACUGUCUGGAGCUCUGGAAUCGAGAUGGAAAGGGAUUGAAAUGGAAUGACAGUCCCUGCUCAUUCGAAACCUUCUUUAUUUGUGAAGUACAGUAGGUUAAAUAUGUAAUGACUCUGUAUUUGUGUUAUUUUUCAUGUUAUUUUUAGUUUUCGUUUUCCUUCAUUUCAUCCCGUUUUCUUUCUUAGUUUCUUCGUGUGUUUUUGUGUAGUUCCCAUUUUCUUUUUUCUUUUUUUUUUAGUUAUGUCUUUUCCUCCCUUUCCUCUUUUUUCUUUGUCUUUCCUUCCUUCCUUCCUUCCUUUCUUUCUUUCUUUCUUUCUUUUUGUUUCUCUUAUUUGAUUUUUAUUCUCUUGACAUUAACUUGCAUUCUCUCUCUCUCUCUCUCUCUCUCUCUCUCUCUCUCUCUCUCUCUCUCUCUCUCUCUCUCUCUCUCUCUCUCUCUGUAAUUUUUAUGAUCUGUUUUCUGUAAUUAUUUGACUGGUUUUCUUUUGUUUCCUUCAUUCUCUGUAAUAUGUAUGUAAUUUUUGUAAUUUAAUGUAAUUUUUCUGUGUAGUAUUAUGUAACUUUUGUUUUUUUAGGUAUCUUAGAUUUUUACUUUCAUUUUCUUUUUUUUUUCCUUACCUUCUUUUCUUUUUUUUAUUAUUUUUGUUGUUUCUAUUUUUCUUACAUUUUUUUUCUUUCUUUUAUUUUUUUUUUCUGUUCUUUUUUUCGUUUUCAUUUUCAUUUACUUUUCUUUUGUAAUCUAUCUCUUCCUUUCUUCCUUCCCUCUUUGCUUUCUUACUUUCUUUGUUUCUUCCUCUCUCCCUUUCUUCCUUCCUCUCUUCCAUCUGUUCUUUCUUCAUUACAUCCUUCUUUCCUGUCUUCUUUCAUUAUUCUUAUUCCUUUCUUCCUUCCCUUCCUUCCUUCCUCCCUCGUCCUCUCCCUCCCUCCCUCCCUCCCUCCCUCCCUCCCUCCCUUCCUUCCUUCCUUCCCUCCUUCCUUCCUUCCUUCCUUUCCUUCUUUAUUUCUUUCUUUCUUCCCUCUCCCUCCCUCCCACCUUUCCUCCCUCCCUCUCUCCCUCCCUUCCUUCCUUUCCUUCUUUAUUUCUUUCUUUCUUCCCUCGCUCUCUCCCUCCUUUCUUUCCUUCUUUCUUUUCUUCCUUCCAUCAUUCCUUCCUCUCUUCCUUCUUUCUUUCCUUCUUUUCUUAUUUCAUUCUUUCUUCUCUCUAUCUUUUUAUUUCUUCUAUACAUUUAUCUACUCUCUCUCUCUCUCUCUCUCUCUCUCUCUCUCUCUCUCUCUCUCUCUCUCUCUCUCUCUCUCUCUCUCUCUCUCUCUCUCUCUC